AUGCGUCUAAAGAAUCUUCUUGCCUCACGGAAUGACCAUGGUUUGGACUUUAAUAAUUCUGAUUCUCUGAUUUGUAUCAUUAAAUCAGUUGUAUAUCCGAGAUAUUCCAUUAAUUCGCUAUUCAUCUCGAAGAUAAUAUCUCUAAGAAUGUUCUUUAAAUCAUCUUUUCCUAUCAAUGGAUAUUCAAGCAUAACUAUUUUUGAUGUCAAAUCUGUUGGCAAUUUCUUUCUUCCUAUCAUAGAAAUGUCAUUCUGGCAUCCAAUGAAGAAAUAUCUUGGAGAAACAGUAACUGUAUCUUCAUUGUUUGGUAACUCAAUUUCUUCACCUUCUUUUGGUUCAAUGGCGAUUCUUAGUGAUUUGAGGACACUUGAUUCUGCGAGAUUCAACUCAUCAGCAACGAAUAUGCCUCCAACACUCAUUGCUUCUGUAAGAGGACCUCUUUUCUGA